UUCGCAAACGACUUGAAGAGUAUAUGACGUGUAGCAUCGAGUUCGCUGGCUCAAUUAAGAAUUGCUCGUUCGAUUACGUUAUGGGCCCUUACUACACUUUAGAAGAUUUGCCGCAGUACUGCUAUACAAUAUAUUCAUUGUGGGGAAAACCUUACGGAGAGAGAGAGAAAAUAUCCACAGCAGCCAUCAUGAGGUUCCACUUCGACGUGAAUCCAUUCGAGAAAGCCAACGGUUCAGAGCCUCUGAAGCCCCUCUACAACUAUCCAACUUCAGGGUCAGUGCAGAUGGCUGUCCAUUCUCCCUAUUUCUUGCCGACGCCCUACAUCGAAGGCAUGAAUUAUUUGGGAGGCACGUCUUACACUUUAAGGAUAAACAUGGAAGAGACUCGUUUGCUGCCAUCUCCAUACGAGUCGAACUGCACAGACUAUUUACAGACUUGGAGAGAACGCGGUGGUAAAGCUCCUGUAAAUCAACUGGAAUGCCGUGUGAAUAAGACCCUUGAAUCUGUCAAUUGUAUUCCCUUGGAUAUAGACUAUCCUCAUACGUAUAACGUUUGCCGAGCGUGUACUGAAGAAUGUCCAC